CAAUCAAAAGGAAGGAACUGUGUGCUAAGCAUUGUUACAAAUAUUUGGUCUUCACAACAACUCUGUCAUAUUUUAAAGCUGGGGAGACCGAGACAAGCAGAAGUCAAGUAAUUUGUCCAGAAUCAUUUUUGCUUAGACUGCCACCUCCUGCUGCCUGUGGGGGCAAGACAGAAGUAGAAGGGAGCCAGAUGUGGGCAUUCACCUGCACUCUGGUGCUUCUGACCCUGGGAAGGAAGUGGAGGUGGUCCAGUCACAGAACUACUCUGCCUGCCUUUGCCUUUCCUCCAAUGCUUCCAGUUGGUACUUGAUUUCUUGUUGCCAGCCUGUAUAGUCUGUGCCAGGGGGAAAAUGGGGGUGGAGCUGAGGAAAGAAGCCAGCCUUGAAUUGGAAGCAACAUUGUGUUCUGGAGAGGGAAUCUAACCAAGCUUCGGGGAAAUUUUAUUACCCUGGGAUCAGCCAGAGAAGUGACUGGAGGCCCCUCCCAUCAUCUUGUGAACUUUUACCUCCCAUGUGCUCAUUUCCAUCCCCCAGCUAGACUGGGGCUCCCCACUAACCCAGUUCUUAUCUAGCAGGAGCUGGGCAUGUGAAUGCAGUCUUAGGCCCAGGAUGAUUGUCUACCUUUUAGGCCAAAGUGCACAAGCAGCAAUGUCCAAGAGGCCUCUUCCCCUCCCCUCCAAAGUAGCUUGGGAACUUUUGCCCUCUCUUAACCAAACAUGACUAUGUGAGCACACAGACUUGGACCUGCAGAAGCCAUUUUUGCCAUUUCUCCUGACACCCCUCCAUACACUUUCUAGCAAUAGUAUGGUAGUGCUGGCAGAGUCUGCAACCUGGGCUUGGUUUGUGCUUAUAGGAGGCAUGGAAACUGCAGGGGAAGAGUAUCUUAUCUGUUACCACCUCUUCUCCCCUCUUAAGUCCUUGAGAAGUGCCUGGGAGUUGACAAAGCAUAUAAAUGAGUUAAUUCCUUGCCCAAUUUUUCUCAGGAUCUUUUCACUACUGUCCCCAAAAUGAAACUCCACUGCCACCAUUCAAAGGUGAGCUGUGUCACAUGGGGACCUGUCAAAGAAACCCGAGGUGGGGACCCAGAAUGACUACUCUAGUGGAGACUCAUUCAGCCUUGGAUAUGUUGGUUGAGUAGCCAGACCUCUGAGUUUGUGCUAGGUUAUGUGGGGGAUGGAUCCUUUCAUUUUGGGGAGUCCCUGUCUGUAAAACUGAAGAAUGCUAACCCCUGGGGACUAUAAUAUGAGGUGUUGUUGGUCAUUGUUACUGCUAGACAAUAGCCUGGAAAAAGUACUGUUACCAGGUCUGACAAAGUACAGCUUAGUCCCUUACUUCGUGAGCUCUCCUAGGGAAGCAGGAGACCAGAAGGUAUCAGCUGACUUUAGAAAAAGAUUGAGAUGAGUGUCCUGAUUUCCUGUCCCUACCCCUGUCUGCCUGUUCUUCCCUGUCCCUGUUGGACUCUCCCUCACUCCCACCCCUUCACUAGGGGUGGAGCUUGACUUCUCCAACAUGCCAAGUUAAAUGUUCAGAGCAGACAGAGGAGCAAGGCAGUGUGGUACGCAGCAGGCCAGGCAGGGAAGCAGGACCAUGGCAAGCAAGAAGGUCUGCAUCGUGGGAUCAGGGAACUGGGGCUCAGCUAUCGCCAAGAUUGUGGGUAGCAAUGUAACUCAGCUGGUACAGUUUGACCCUCAGGUCGCCAUGUGGGUGUUUGAGGAAGAAGUUUCUGGCCAAAAGCUAACAGAGAUCAUCAACACCAAGCAUGAGAAUGUCAAAUACCUACCUGGGCACAAGCUGCCACUCAAUGUGGUGGCUAUACCAGAUGUGAUCCAGGCAGCCGCAGAUGCAGACAUCCUCAUUUUCGUGGUGCCCCACCAAUUCAUUGGCAAAAUCUGUGACCAGCUCAAGGGUCAUCUGAAGAGAAAUGCCAUUGGGGUGUCUCUUAUCAAGGGUGUGGAUGAAGGCCCUAAUGGGCUGAAGCUGAUCUCUGAGGUGAUCCAUGAACGACUGGGCAUCCCCAUUAGUGUGCUGAUGGGAGCCAAUAUUGCCAGUGAGGUGGCUGAUGAGAAAUUCUGUGAAACCACCAUUGGCUGCAAGGACUUGGCCCAAGGACAGCUGCUGAAGGAGCUGUUGCAAACACCAAAUUUCCGAAUAACUGUGGUGCAAGAAGUAGACACAGUAGAGAUCUGUGGUGCUCUUAAGAAUGUAGUUGCUGUUGGGGCUGGCUUCUGUGAUGGACUGGGCUUUGGUGACAAUACAAAGGCUGCUGUGAUCCGGCUGGGACUCAUGGAAAUGAUUGCCUUCUCCAAGCUCUUCUGCAAGGGCUCAGUCUCUUCAACUACUUUCCUGGAAAGUUGUGGGAUUGCAGACCUCAUUACCACCUGUUAUGGGGGUCGUAACCGAAAGGUGGCUGAAGCCUUUGUCCGAACUGGAAAGUCUAUUGAACAAUUGGAAAAAGAGAUGCUGAAUGGGCAGAAGCUUCAGGGGCCCCAGACAGCUCAGGAGCUGCACAACAUUUUGAAGCACAAGGGCCUGCUGGACAAAUUCCCCUUGUUUAUGGCUGUGUACCAGGUGUGCUACGAGGGUCACCCGAUCCAGAAGUUCAUCCAUUGCCUCCAGAACCACCCAGAACACAUGUAGGCAGUGCCGAGGCUGGGUCACUGAAGAUCCCCAGCUUCCUGAACCUGACUCCAGGGUGUCCUGGGCCAUGAGAAUUUUCCCAAGACUUCUCAGUUUCUCCCCCUCACCUCAGUCCUUUCAUUGCCUGGAGUACAUGAAGCCGUGGGACUUAAGAACUCCUGGAAACCUCCAAAGUGGAGGCCCAAUCAAACCCAAGCAAUUGACCUCAGCUUGGGAAACCCUGAAUUCUUGUUUCUUCUCCUCCUUCCACCUCCUCUCUAGGGAUGGGGCCAUCUUUCUUUUCUCUUCAGGGAUGGUGAAAAUGAAUCUCAGUAUUCUCUGCAUAAUGAGGGGCCAGGAUGGCUGCUAUGGUUGGCUGAUCUACAAAAAUUUAGCCCAAAGCUAAAAGUCCUCCCUGCCUUCUAGUCCCAGUGCCCAAUCAAGUGGUUACUGAAGCUUCUGGAAGUGUCAGCUUCUUGUGGAAGUGAAAAUGUUGGGGAGAGGCAACAGUUUGGGGAGGGAGAGAAGGAAGAUGGAUCCCUGUGAAUUCCCUUGGGUCUGAUCUUCCCAGGGGACGCUGUCCUAUGUCAAUGAGUUUCAGUGAUUGUAAAAAAUACAAAGAUCUCAACUGGU